ACAGUGGGGCUGUUUACUACGCCGUCGUCUUUGCUGUUGAACACACCACUGUAGAGGAUUACUCAAUGUUUUGUUUCGUGUAAUGCAAGUAUUUAGCACUGCUCUGUCUUAGGCGCCAGGGUUCGCAAUUCGUCGGCCUGUUAACAAGUUGACCCGUCGGAUCGACUAUAACCCGUGACGUCACAGUGUUGAUAACAGUUUAAACUGCACCUGUGCUAUACGACAUAUUUCACCGCAAGUCGUCGUCUUCUUGCCUUCACUGGAUAGUAUUAAUUGCUGUGAUACACUUUUUAAAAACGGUCUUUGUUGAGUGUCAGUGAAGCAUAACGAUUUAUUUGUGUGCACUUUGAAUUGGAGCGAUUGACGGCGUUUAAAUUGGCGUGUCUCACCGAGUAUAUCAGCUGAUAAGAUUCACCUGCGUAUAAAACGCAACAACUCAAACGGAUUGCAUCUAAACGUGAAAUAACGCACGUUUUUAGGACAACCCUUGACAGUUCACAUUAAGCUGAAGAUGAACAAGCUUGUGUGUAGCGUUUCGAUCGUAGCGUUUAUGUUGACAAACUUCGUGGUCGAAGGAUACAAGCUUGAGAGCAGACAUAAACGACAAAAUGACGUUCCAGAAAGUAGUUCAAUAUCCACGAGUCAAGGGACCACCAGCAACACCACAGUUACAGUUUUCACCAACAACGACUCCGGACGAAUAGGGCUUGUCGUCGGAGUUAUUUUCGGUGUACUGGCUGGAAUCGCCGCAUUCGCUAUAAUCGUCACUAUCUGGAUAAAAAAUAAGAGGGACCGUGAUUCGGAGUAUGCCAGAGCGGCCAAGGUCCAGCGCAACUCCGCCUUGAGUGCUGGCGUCUACAACGAUCUGACAACGUCGUCCCCUAUCGUGAAGGUCAACAUCGACCAGCAUAAUGAGGGCUCUGAGAUGGAGAGUCUGAAGAAAGAAGAGGAGAAUGAAUAGAGACCAGGAUGACUGAAGAAGGAAGCUAAGCAGAUAUUGCCAAAUUAAAUCAUGAAAAAGUCCAGCACGAUGUAAAACGAGAUUAUUUAUACCAUCAAAUCUCUCAAUCAUGUUUUCACAAUUCGGACAAUUUUGGAUAUAUAAUACUGGACCUUGGAGGCUAUAGUGUACAGACGGUUUUGAAGUGCUGACAGUGCUAGUGUAUAUAGUUGUGUGGGAAUACCGUCCCGGGCAUUACUCAAGCUGCUAUCUACAGUGUAUUUUGGGCCUAAACCAACGGAAAUAAUCUUUAUUCAACAUUGCCAAAAUAUCCAUGCCUUUCUUGGAGGUGUUCGUGAUCAAACAUCGACGGACAUGACGUGGCAUACCUACGUGCUGUGCCACAGAUACGGUGAAUUCAUCACGCGAGUAUAUGCUGGACUCGACGUUGUCUUACAAAGAUAAAGACAUUGAGAAUGAUUCAGGAAACUUAUCUAAUCACCAGGUCAAAUUUCGUUUCAUUAUCCUGACUUGAUGAUGUCUUACCAUGAUAAAGAAACUGAGAAUUAUUCAGCUAACUCUAAUCACCAGGUCAAAUUUCGUUUCAUUAUCCAUACCGGAUGAGUGCCUUGUUCGAGAACCUUCACCAAGAGGCCAUCUUUAUGCACAGACUGUUUCUAGUGGACUAGAUCAUCUAGCUUCAUCCUUGUAGACUUCACGUGUACACUUGUCAAAUCGCCACAGCUGUGAUUUAUAAAAUACAUCAAAAUGUACAAAAACCAUUUCCUUUAAAUGUAUAUCUGAAAAUUCAUCAACCUUAUGCAAUUGUUUGGGUCUACAACAGUAAAUACAUUUCACAACCUUCACAUUCCAAUCACACAUUCCCAUGUACAUAGUUUUUCAAUAAAUUAUUAUUCGUA